AUGACGCUCACUCAAGCUGAGAAGGCUGCCGUGAUCACCAUCUGGACAAAGGUGGCUACCCAAGCUGAUGCCAUUGGGGCAGAAUCACUGGAGAGGCUUUUCUCCAGCUAUCCCCAGACGAAAACCUACUUCCCUCAUUUUGAUCUCAGCCAAGGCUCAACUCAGCUUCGUGGCCAUGGCUCCAAGGUCAUGAAUGCCAUUGGGGAAGCUGUGAAGAACAUUGAUGACAUUAGAGGCGCUUUGGCCAAACUCAGUGAGCUGCAUGCUUACAUCCUUAGGGUGGACCCAGUGAACUUCAAGCUGCUUUCCCACUGUAUCCUGUGCUCUGUGGCUGCCCACUAUCCUAGUGAUUUCACCCCAGAAGUUCAUGCUGCGUGGGACAAGUUCCUGUCCAGUGUUUCUUCUGUUCUGACUGAGAAGUACAGAUAA